CCGAAGAUCGGUCCCAUGACUUAUACUGUCAAUAAACGAUUCAAGAUGGCGGCCCAUCUCUCCUGUGGUCGGGUAAACCUCAGUGUUUUGAGGGAGGCCAUGCGUAUGGAGCUACGGGAGUUUUUGGAUAAAUGCGCAGGGAGUAAGGCUAUUGUUUGGGAUGAAUAUCUAACAGGGCCCUUUGGACUUAUAGCACAGUAUUCCCUUCUAAAGGAACAUGAAGUAGAAAAAAUGUUUACGUUGAAGGCGGGUCCACUGCCAUCAUCUGACGUUAAAAAUAUAAUAUUUUUUGUCAGACCGAAGCUUGAGUUAAUGGAUAUAAUUGCCGAAAACAUACGGAGGGAAGACAAAGGUCGCUUUCCACAGAGAGAUUUCCACAUCUUGUUCGUGCCUCAUCGUAGUCUGCUUUGUGAGCAGAGGCUCAAAGAUCUUGGCGUGUUAGGGUCAUUCUUUCACAGAGAAGAGUACCGCUUAAACUUGAUUCCUUUUGAUGGAGAUCUGUUGUCUAUGGAAUCUGAAAAUGCUUUCAAGGAAUGCUACCUGGAGAAUGAUCAGACGACUCUUUACCAUGCUGCUAAAGGACUGACAACGUUACAAGCCUUGUAUGGAACCAUUCCCCAGAUUUUUGGUAAAGGAGAAUGUGCUAGGCAUGUCGCAAACAUGAUGAUCAGGAUGAAGAGAGAGCUGGGUGGCAGCCAGAACCAGAUCAUUCCUGUGUUUGAUACACUCUUGCUUCUUGACCGGAACGUGGACCUGCUGACACCUUUAGCAACACAACUUACAUACGAAGGGCUUAUUGAUGAAGUCUAUGGAAUUCAGAAUAGCAACGUGAAGCUCCCUCCUGAAAAGUUUGUUCCUAAAAAGCAGGGUGAGGGUGGAAAAGAUCUCCCUACAGAACCAAAGAAACUGCUGCUAAACUCGGCCGAAGAACUGUACGCAGAGAUCCGUGAUAAAAACUUCAAUGCUGUUGGUUCGGUGCUGAGCAAGAAGGCGAAAAUUAUAUCUGCAGCUUUUGAGGGAAGGCACAGUGCAAAAACUGUGGGAGAGAUCAAGCAGUUUGUGUCACAGUUACCCCAUAUGCAAGCAGAGAGAGCAUCUUUAGCAAAUCACACGUCUAUAGCUGAACUCAUUAAGGAGAUAACCACAUCAGAAGCCUUUUUCGAUAAUUUGACUGUGGAACAAGAAUUUAUGUCCGGGUUUGACACCGAUAAGGUAAAUGCAUACAUAGAGGACUCUAUUGCUAAGAAAGAUCCAUUAAUAACGAUUUUACGGUUAGUCUGCCUGCAGUCAGUGUGCAACAUGGGUCUGAAACCAAAAGUGCUGGACUAUUACAAGAGAGAGAUUUUGCAGACCUAUGGAUAUGAACACAUAUUGACUUUACACAAUCUGGAAAAGGCUGGCCUUUUAAAACCUCAGACGAGCAGCCGUAAUAAUUAUCCAACAAUCAGGAAGACGCUGCGCCUUUGGAUGGAUGAUGUCAAUGAGCAGAAUCCAAACGACAUCUCCUAUGUGUAUAGUGGCUAUGCUCCCCUGAGUGUCCGAUUAGCACAGGUACUCGUUCGACCAGGGUGGAGAAGCAUUGAAGAAGUACUCAAAAUCCUGCCCGGACCCCAGUUUGAAGAACGGCAAUCCCUGCCUGCUGGAUUAGUGAAAAAACGUCAACAAGGGGAGAACAAGGUGAUGCUGAUAUUUUUCCUGGGUGGAGUUACAUUUGCAGAAAUUGCUGCUCUACGCUUCCUGUCUCAGUUGGAAGAUGGAGGAACAGAGUAUAUAAUUGCCACCACCAAGCUGAUCAACGGCACAACAUGGAUAAAAUCUUUGAUGGAGAAGCUUGAGCCUCCCCCAUUUUGAAGCUGCAAUUCGUUUUUUCAAAAUAAAACUAAACCUGGACUUUUUAAAAAAGACUUGUUAUGCUUUUACCAUUAUACUGAAAUUACUGAAAUAUGAAAUGCAGUGUUCAUUGCUAAAUCCAGUAACUUGUCUUCUGCACUCAGUUAUAUUUCUGGGACAAGUACUCCAAAAGCAGAGCAUGGUGGACUUUGGUGAAGGGCUCUUCAAGGCUCUUAUGAACAUUAUGACAGCAGGGAGUCUUCAUAAUGAAUUCUAUAAUUCAUAAAAAUUAGGCCUGGACUUUGACUUUAUUAAACUUUGUUUUGCUGCAUUUAAAGUUUCACAGUAAUCUUAAGAAUACACAAUAACGUCUGAGUCUGUAAACAGGAAGUUGUUCUACUAUGGUGUAAGUUAUUAACCAGUGGGAAUAAGCCUUUGAUAGCUUUCUGUAAUCACUACUGGAAAAUCAGAACUCGUAGCACGUAAAAAUGUAGUACACUCUGGAAUCAACAGAAUGUCUACAUAGAAUGCGCCCUGUUCAUCUUGUGCAAUUUCCUCCAGUUAAUAACAAAAGAUUGUCAGGAAAU